AUGGCAAUGGCUGAAGGAAGAAACAGAACUACCGUUACCAAGUUCAUCCUCUUGGGAUUCUCUGAAUUUCCAAAGCUCACAGUCGUCCUCUUUACAACAUUCCUAGGCAUCUACCUUAUGACAGUUUUCUGGAACCUGGGUCUCAGCAUCUUGAUCAAGAUAGAUUCUCAUUUGCAUACACCCAUGUAUUACUUCCUCAGUAAACUUGCCUUUGUAGACAUAUGCUAUGUGUCCUGCACGACUCCCAAGAUGCUUUCAGACUUCUUCCAGGAGCCGAAAUCCAUCUCCUUUGUGGGGUGUGCUGUGCAGUACUUCUUCGCCUCUAGCUUUGGUCUGAUUGAAAGCUGUCUUCUAGUGUCCAUGGCUUAUGAUCGAUAUGCUGCCAUUUGUAACCCUCUCCUUUACACAGCCAUCAUGUCCCCGACACUCUGUCUACAGCUGUUGAUUGGAUCCACCGUAACUGGAUCUUUGGGCUCAUUAACCCAGCUGUGUGGCUUACUUCAGCUUCAUUUCUGUGGGCCAAAUAUCAUUAACCAUUUCUUCUGUGACUUGCCGCAACUAGUGAACUUAUCUUGUUCUGAUACCUUUUAUUUUGAGGUUUUAUUUGCUAUGCUAACAGUGAUCUAUGGACUGGCCUCUGUCCUGGUUAUCAUGAUAUCCUAUGGUUAUAUUGUUGCCACCAUUCUGAAGAUGAGUUCGGCUGAAGGCAGGUCCAAGGCUUUCAACACCUGUGCUUCUCACUUGACAGCAGUGAGUCUUUUCUAUGGCUCAGGCUCCUUUGUGUAUUUAUGUCCCAAUUCUGAUGAUUCUCUUAGCCAAGGCAAGCUGGCUUCUGUUGUGUACACUAUAGUGAUUCCCAUGCUAAACCCAUUGAUCUAUAGUCUGAGAAAUAAGGAAAUGAAAGAUGCCCUAAUCAGAUGUAAGAGAAGGAUUUUCUCCUGA